UGAGUGAAGAAAUGAACAUCUUGUGUCUGAUGUUUUAAUGAUAUCGAAAAUUCCAAUAUCUUGUCAGAGAAAGAGAACUGAUUUUACAAAUUGAAUAAGAGACAACUGGAGUCCAUGGAAUUUGUUUUGUGUUUGUUGCACAAUUUUUGUUUGCUCUGAUGACCUUUCAGUCCGAUGGAAAAGAAAGACUAUCUUCUCUAUUGUGUAAUUGUGUAUUGCUAUUCACAUCAGAUUUAGUCGGAGCUAGAGUGUUCUAGCACCAUGUGACUAUUGGCACCGUAUGGCUGGAGUCCGGGACUGCUUUAUAUGUAAAUGUGCCCUGCAUUACCUACAAUAUCUAGACCAGUCGAGUGCUGACAUAGCAGGUGGGAAUGACGUUGAUGAACAAGUUAAAUUACAACAGGCAAUGCUAAGACGACAGGAACUGCUAGACAAAAUCAGGCAUCAGCAGUUAGUCAAUGAAGAUUACGGUCGGCGCCCCAGAUCACACAGUGCGAGACGACGUUACACCCCUUCACCCCUCCCUCCCCCUCCAUCCCGACGCUCAUUGCCAGACUUUAAUCGGAACCAGUCAUUUAGGGACGACAACAAUAACCCGUACAGAGACAAAGAUAUGUCACAGGUGAAGCACAUAAUAGAACACAGAGUUAAGACCCCUACACAGUAUCAUCUACCCCCAAUACAGAACCCCCCACAGCUGCCUGCACCCUCUUACCCUCAGAGCUACCCUCAGCAUAUCAUACAGCAAGUCCCACAGCCUGUCUAUCAGAACCUGGUGCCUGAGCAGAGACAAGGAGGCAUGUUCAAUAAAGGAGAUUGGAUGGAAAUGAUGAUGAUGCAGAACCACCAGAUGCAUCAGUUGGUGGUGCAACAGAUGAUGUUACACAGUUUACCUGGGGGCAACAGAGGGGCACAAGCCCCCGUAACUUACAUGUCAGAACCUACAGUAGUGAGGUCACCUGCUCCAGCAGUUCACCACCAUCAUUAUCAGAUGUCCCCGCCCCCUCAGCCCGCCGUUCACCAUUACUCUGCAUUACCUCCCUUAGAACCAAAUGGUCGAGCGCCCCCUCCAGGGAGAAUAAUCUCACCAGCGAGGGUUGAAGGUCCUCGGGCUAUAGAGCCUCGGAUAAUAGCUGUUCCGGAACGUCAACCGACCUUGGUUUCUCCACAGCCAGGCAGACGUUCGGUAAAGAAAAAAAAUAUUCCUUUCCCAGGGCCUAGAGGCCUUAGAAAGUUUCGCCAUGUUGCUUAUGCUGCUUGGUUUAUUUCCUCACUUAAAGCACUUAGAGAGAAGAAUGCUGGGAGUCGACCGAGCAGUGUAUUUUUAUUUGGAAUUAUUUUGAAAGAAAUUGUUGCAGCUCUUCAUAGAAUAUACCUCAAUCCAAGUGGAAAUAUCUACCCAGUCCUCGCAGAUGCAAUCAACCCUAAAGCAUACGAUCUAUCUAACCUGGUGAGAGGUAGAACUGGGGACCGGGAGGGACAGACCAUGAUUCAGGAACUGCAGUACAUAGUAGAAAAUCUGGUCUACCACAUCACAGAGAUAAUGCCGAGCACUGGUGUCCUAGGAACCCACAGAAAAUCUGCCGUGUUUGAAUUGAUCAAGAAUGGAAAGAGGUUCCCAGAUGGUUAUUUCUGGCAAGUAGAACUGGACAGACUACAAUUCUCUGAGAACGGCCGGACAACAAACAUUGGAGAUCCUGAAGCGUUCAUGUUAAUAAUUGGGAUCUUCAUGUCCAGAAGUCUCAUCACCACCCUGCUGAUGAAACCAGUGGAUUACGGAUUGUCAAAUCAGCAGCUAUCAGACGUUGCUGAGCGUAACCUUAAGGUGAUUGCUACGACAAUGCUGUACCUGGUGCGUCGUGUGUCCGUGUCUCGUGGGAGAGCCAUGAUGGGCAUGCCGGGUGAGAUUGCAAAGUACCUGUACACAGACGAAGAAAUGAGGCCAAUAUACAGUAAAAUUGCAAAAUCUUUCAACUAUGCAGAGGGUUUGUUGAGAGAAUGGGGGCAGGAGUACAUUAAACGUCUCCGGAGUGCUCCAACUCUGAAGAACUGAAUUUCUUUGUGCCACACCAAGGGAGAUAAUGCAAUAAUUCUACGUCAUAAACACAUGAUUUUAUGCGUGUAAAAUUUUAAAUGUUACAAUUGCCAAAUCAUGCAUGCAGUGGUUUAGGUGUAGCUUGCACCAGUGACAUUUAUAUUAUUUCUACUUGAUAAACAACUUGAAUAUGUAAUGAUAGAUGUCUUUAUUAUGGUCCGGUUGUAUUGCUAGAGACCUAUGAUAGAAAGGGGAGAAACAUACACAGAACAUGAGCUGAAUAUACCCUCGUCAUUUUCAGCUACUGACCAUUGUGGAAAUAUGAAUGGUAUGACUGCUUGUUAACGGAAACUGUUAAUCAUAACACUGUAGCUUUAGUGUUUGAUUUUGUAAAUAUUCUGUUAUAUAAAGGGUAUAUUUUUAAUUUUCAGUGAAAAUGAUAGAAAUAUAUUUACCAAAGCGUCUGUGAUAAUUUUUGUGUGGUAUCUUACAUUAUAUGUAUACAUUUUCACACCUUUUGUUGUUUAUUAGUAAAUUGUUAGUUAUUUAUUUAAAUAAACUAUAAAGGAGAAAUUCA